AUGAAGCAGCGGGAGGCGCGGGCGUGGGAUCAAAGCGCUGAGCUUGACCAAAAGAAGAAGGUACUUGACAAGAUGAAGAAGGAAGAGCAGUGGUCGGAGGACGAUGCAUGGAGGGAGCAGAGACUUGAGCACCGGAAGCAGAUUCAGGAACGUGGGCAGGCGCAGACGCAGCAGAUGUGGGAGGCAAAGCAGGUGGACCGCUGGUGCCAGCAGCGUCUUCGCGACAUGCUGGUGCCGCUGACUGUCCAGGCAAACGGCCACCUGGCACCAGAGCUUUCGGCAGUGCUAGAGGAUGCUGAAGGUCACGGAAAAAAGUCCGUCUUUCUCCUGAGGCACGCGCGGAGUCGCAGCGCGCUUCACGAGUACGAGCGGCCACUCAAUCCCUUGGAGGGCUGCGCUCCCAUCAGGACCAUCAUCAAUGUGAGCGCGAGCGAGCCGCACCACUUUGCUAGUGCGACCCAGCCAGAGCACAGUGAACUGGACAAGGAUGAGCAAGCUUUGUGUUUUCAAUACCACCGCUGCAUCCUCGAAAGAGAUGGGGAGGAGGACGAGGCGUUGGAGCAAGCAGCCUGCUUCGCGGAGCAACGCUUGGCUGCGAUGCGGCCGGUGUUGGUGCACGGAGGCCCUGAGAAGAAGAGCAGCAAAGCGGUUGGUGAUGACGCGCACGGCAACUCGCAGGUGCUGAGCAGUCCAGCAGAAUCUGAAGACAGUCAACUCCUGCAACAGAUUCACAUGGCAUUCAUAGCGUACGGUGGUGUUACUUCGGUGGAGGCUGCAGCCGUGGUUGCAGCUCUGCUUGUCCGACAGCACUGGACGCCGCAGCUGGCAGUGAAGGCCUACAUGGGAACGAAGCCUUCAAAGUCAAAUUCCAGGGAGGAGGUGGCAGCCGAGGAGCUGAAGAAGCCCAGCUUGAAGCCUCCCUUGGCCGUGCUGCCACCGGUCGUUGAGGGCUUCCUGUGGCUGGGGAAUGCGGAUGCCGCAGAGGGCACCGCUGAGAAUGCCUUCGACUGCUUGAUCAAUGCAACGGCGUCGUUGCCAUGGGCUCCGAGUGCUCCCUCACGACAGCUGCGGGUGCCGCUGGCGGCCAAUGCUGGUCUACCGGAGCUUGCGUGUCACUGGGCAAAUCUGCUUUCCUUCCUUCAUACAGCUCGUGCGGCUGGGCACCGCUGCCUCAUCUACGGCACCCACGGCCGUUCCCGACCCGCGGCGCUGGCCAUGGGCUACAUGAUGGUGGACCAAGGGCUCUCGUUUGCGGCUGCGCUAAAGGCGGUCAGACGCAAGUACCCGCUUGCACACCCAUCUGCCGCGCUGGUGGAUGCGGUCACGACACUUUCAUCGGAGCCUGAGGAGGCUGCGGGGAAGUCGGCCCUAAAAGCUUGGGCUGGCAGCAAGGGCAGCUCACCUUCAGCGGUGCCCUUGGCCCUGACAAAUGGCAGCGCCAAAGCCGAGCUGGAUGAGGAGGCGCUGGAAGCUGCAGUGCGCCAGCUGGGUGAGCUGCUCCCAGUACCCGCCGACCUGCGCCGCGAGGCGUUGGUUCGCUUCUCAGGCGACAUCGAGAGGGCUGCCUCGCAACUGAUUUCCUGGCUAGAGGGCGAUGCGCCCCAGCAGACGUCAGCAUCAUCGUCAUCCUCUGCAUCGGCAUCAGCGUCGGCAUCUGCCCCAGCGCCAGCAUCUGCAGGGGCAUCGGCGGCAGCUUCUGCUGCGUCAGCCCAGCGCAGCGAGCCCUGCACACGCAAGCGCAGCGCCUCGGAGGACGGCACGGCUUCCUCGGAACCUCGGACAGAGGCACCACGCCUAGCGCAGUGCUACCUCGAGGGGCAGGAGCAGCUCCCCGAGUGCGUCAUCUGCAGCCGCAGCUCCAAGCGCGGUGGUGCUGCGCCGGAGCCUCACGCAGAUCUUGGUUGGGUGCACAGUGUUUGCCUACAGCAGGCUAGCUGGACAUAG